AUGUCCAUGCGCCUGGAGGAGGUGAACGAGAGGGAGAACACCAUGAAAGCUUCUCUGCAGACUGUGGAUCUCCGCUUGGCUCAGCUCGAGGAGAUCCACGGCAGGAUGGCAGUGGCUCUGGAGAAGCUGGCAGGAGUGGACAAGCUGGAGCUGACCCGAACCUAUUCCCGAAACUCGUCCGUGUGCGACCCGUCCUCUCUGCUCCGCCAGAGCAGCAUCAACAGCGCCGACGGAUACAGCCUUUACCGCUUCCACAUGGACCUGGAGGAGAUCUCGCAGCAGCAGAAGGACGCCGACGAAGGUGCUAAGAAGGUAGAGAAACAGAGGAGUCUUCGCUCGAGUCCGGCCCUCAACAAGGACGGCAGCAGCCUGGAUGUGUGUGGCAUAGACAGAUCCAGGCCCAGCUCCUGCGUGGACAUUUUUAUAUCUCCGUGUGAGCAGAAACCUCUGUCUCUAAGCUCGAGUCAAGAAACGGUGGCGAGGAGUUCACAGGGAAGUACGCUGGUAUUGGACAAGUUGAUGGACAAGAACAGACUCAAGCCUUCGUCGCCAAAACGUACAAAAUCCUUGCGUCACUACCCACCCGAAGAACAAGGGACUAUACCUCCCAUGACCAAGCGCCGAUCGAUGAGUACCAUCAUAGUCAGCCCUCCGGAUGAGCCAGAGCAACCUCCAAGCCCAACACGGGAAGUUCCAGCUGCUGCCACACCUCUACAAAGAACUAAAUCUUUGAGGUAUGAACAGCCUGAAGGCGACGUCACAAAGAAGAGGACUAUGAGUAGCAUCAUCUACAAUCCAAAAGAAACUGCCGAGACCGGACAAACGGACUAUAAAUCCAUGUUGGAGCAGAUGAGGCAAACACCAAACCAGUGGCCAGCCAAUGUAGAGUAUCAAGUACAUCCGAGCGGCUUUGGACAAACCCCAAAAGUAUUGACAGUGAGAAAUAUGCCGUCGCAGUUUCAAUCAGAGCAACGUGAGCAAGGAAGCAUCCCAGACACAGCACCGCCGCCCGUGCCGCCGAAAAUACCAGCCAGAAGGAACCUCUCAGACUCGACGGACUACCUGUCUGUAGCCGACGAGAGGUUUCUUCCGUACUACAGGUCACAGAGCUUCAAUGUGUGCGACAGGAGAUUGAAGCCCAGAGUGUUGGUGAGCGAACAGAGAGCCGCCAGCAGCGACACGGACAUUAGCGCGCCGUGUGAAGGUCCUACAGGGGGCGCUACUGAGGGGACUAGCAUUGAGCCGACACAAGAGACUGAGCCGACACAAUAG